AAUAUCCUUUUUUUUCCCCUUUUCUUUUAAAUAUUACAAUAACCUGCCCAUUUCCUGCGAGUGUGAAAAGGGGGGAAAUGAGAAGAAUCUAGGAAACAACACGAGCAGCUUUUCUUUCUUGCAAAAAUUCAACAAACAAAGCAAUUCUCGUGAUAAAGUGAGACAAAUCACACGCCAACACCAAACAGAGCUCUAGAGAGAAGUGGGUUCUUGUUUGCCGGAAAAAAUGACUGCCGGUGGAUCCUCAGGGAGGUUGCCUACGUGGAAGGAGAGAGAGAAUAACAAGAGAAGAGAGAGGAGAAGAAGAGCCAUAGCUGCUAAGAUUUAUUCAGGGCUUAGAGCUCAGGGGAACUAUAAGCUUCCUAAACACUGUGAUAAUAAUGAAGUCUUGAAAGCUCUUUGUGCUGAGGCUGGUUGGAUCGUUGAAGAUGAUGGCACCACCUAUCGCAAGGGCUGCAAGCCACCCCCACUAGAGAUAGCGGGCACUUCAACAAACAUCAGUGCAUGUUCCUCUGUUCAACCUAGCCCACAAUCCUCAAAUUUUCCAAGUCCUGUACCUUCCUACCAUGCCAGUCCAACAUCAUCCUCAUUCCCAAGUCCCACUAGGUAUGAUGGCAACCCCUCCACAUACCUUCUUCCAUUCCUCCGCAACAUAGCUUCAAUCCCCACGAGCCUUCCUCCUCUUAGAAUAUCCAAUAGUGCUCCUGUAACACCUCCCCUUUCUUCCCCCACUUCCAGAAGUUCAAAGAGGAAAGCUGACUGGGAAUCCUUUUCACAUGGCUCCUUAAACUCAUUUGGCCAUCCCCUUUUUGCUGUUUCUGCCCCUUCAAGUCCUACACGGCGCCAGCAUCUUACACCAGCAACAAUACCAGAAUGUGAUGAGUCUGAUGCCUCUACUGUGGACUCUGGCCGCUGGGCGAAUUUUCAGGGAGUUGCUGCCCAGGUAGCUCCUCCAUCACCAACAUUUAAUCUUGUCAAAUCAGUGGCCCAGCAGAGUGGUUUUCAGGAUAGAGUUGAUGGGCAUGGAGGAUUAGGCUGGGGGGCAGCAGCAGAGAGGGGGAGAGGGUCAGAAUUUGAAUUUGAGAAUGGCAGGGUGAAGCCAUGGGAGGGUGAGAGGAUUCACGAGAUAGGGGUUGAUGAUCUUGAGCUCACACUUGGGAGUGCAAAGGCCCAUUGAACUAGUGAAUUAUUGAUACUGGGAAUGUAAAAAGAAGGGAAAUAAUUGGAGUUUGUCGUGCAUUCUCAAUGGUAUACUUAGACUAUCUUAGCUAAUGGAAUGCCGUUGCUUGGGGUUACGUGUGACUUCUGUGAUUGGGGGGAAACCUCAAAUUCAUAUCCGAAUAUCUUAUUAUCUUUCCCUUUAGAUGUACGGUCUUUUUUUUCCUUGGAGCCAUUGCAGGAAUCUGUAUUUACAUGAUUCAGUAGUUUUUGGGCAAAAUUUCUGGCAGGGUUCAUGAAGUGCUAAGGUCUCUAAAUUUUCAUAUAUGGGGAAAAGACUGGUAUGUUUAGAGUAUAGUGUCCUAUUUAAAUGCUAUUAGGAUAUCAUGUCUCUCUCUUUUUGGGGAUUAUUAAGCUGUUUCUUAACACUAUUUGAAGCUGAUCAUCACUUUAUAAUAGUGUGUCUUUUUAGGCAAAA